AUGGCACCGACAACGACGACGACGAGAGUGCCCGCAAUGGCAAUGACAAAUCCCACAUCGAAUCAGAUUUGCCCCAGAAAUUCUGUUGUGGAUGACGUGAUACGACGAAAAGUUCUUGAUAUGCACAACUAUCGCAGAUCUAGGACAGCUCAAGGAAUGGUUAUAAAGAACGAUAAAAGCUAUCUCCCAUCCGCUGCGAACAUGAAACAACUGAGGUAUGACUGCAAUUUGGAAGCAUCGGCUAAACUAUCUGUGGACAGAUGUGACGAAACGCCAUACACAUCGCUUCCAACUGGAGUUCAGGAAAACAUUUAUGGUGUUCAGAAAUCUAUGGCUCCCUAUCAAUAUAAUGCAACAAUGCUGGCGGUUAAGCACUGGUGGAGUCAAGUAAGAAUGGUUGACGGUAUUGGAGCGGAUGUCACGUUCAGGGUCCAAUUCCUGAAGAGCACAAUCAAAAAUCCGACGCUCAUCCAAUCGCAUCCAGACCAUGUAAUGAGAAAAGAAGGAAACGGCUGCGGUUGUUGUUUGUUUGAACCAUCACAUUGUCGAAAGAUCAUAUUCGUCCAGCUUCGAGAGGAGUGA